GUGGUGUGUCCCCUGCAGCCCGUUUCGCCAGCUGUCCUGUAUUCCAGGAGGGCGGCAUCUUCAGUGUGGGCACCCGGCUGUGACAGCUUGCGACUUCACAGCCGGGUACCCACUGCGAAUGCGCGAGUAGCGCUGCCCUUCAUGAAUGGUCCUGUAGUCUUCUGGGACCUGUCACGUGUCCCAAAAGACUACUGGAAGGGAGUACACCUUCCUCUUCCGAUCGCCUAGGCCAGGGUGAGAGCGAGAGUACCUUUCAAAUUCGGGUACCAGCUCCCCAAAGGUGCCAAUCCUUAAUGGGGAGCAGUCCUUAAAGCGAAACUUCCCCUUUUGAGUGGAGCUCCGCUUUAAAGUCACAUACA